AUGCCAGGCAACAUUUCCUCCCGCAGCGCCCUAGUCGCAAAAUCACUCCCAUUCAGCUCCAUCAGAAAACACAUCGAACCUCGGAAUAACCGUUGCAGCCGCGCAGCAACAGAGAAACCAAUGCAGGCCCACGCCGAAGGCGAUGGUGAUGGGUACUCAACAGCCUCGGAGGAAGAAAUCAUCUCGCAACUCGACGAAGACGCCCUCUCCAAACUCCCUCUCCAUCUUCAAAAUAACAUGCGCGAACUUCAAGCUGAGCGAGUUCAACGGUUAACGGGGGAACAGCGUCUGGCUCAGAGCCGCCCUCGACCCCAUUCCCGACACCUGGAUCGAGUAAUUGAGGAGCCGGAGCCGAAUCAAGAAUCAGGGCCAGAGAAUGAACAGGAAGUGGACAUGAAAGAGUGUAAUACUUACUACGCAGAGAAAUGGUUCAAGAAGAUGCUUGCGAAGGUCGCCGCUGCAAGGGAAUUGGAUGUUGAGCGGGUUUUGGAGGGAUCUGAUGAGGACGAUGAUAGUUCCCGGCGUCGCGGUAGUGUGGCUUGGUGCCCUAUACGCCAAGAAUGGGCUCCUGCCACCUACGGGCAAAGACAAAUAGAGAGCGAACCUGUCGAUGGCAAAGGGGACGCGGGUAAGGUUGGCGGUGGUCGUGCUUCUAGGCUGUGUGGCAUUCCGCCCCGAGAGGAGACUCCUUUGUCUGAAGCGGACACGGUAAUUACUGAACGCUACUUACUUACGAGCCUCCAUGACUGCAGAGUAUCAUCGCAGGAAGGGUAUAUGUCAUGGAGGUGCGCUGGGCCCUACUAUGUGUAUGAGGCUCGAGAUAGUCACGAUCAAUACCACCAGCCGGAGCAGUCGAGCGAGAGUCUGUCAUCGCUCAUGUUGGCCGCGCGCGAUCGUGUGCGCCUGAAAUCUCGACGGGUUAAGGAUGUCUUCAAGAAAUGA